CUUUGAUAUUUAAGAUAAGAACCGAACAUAUAAAAUAGACACAGCUUAAGAACGUUUCCAGAUAGUCUUUAGCUGAAAUAGUGCAACGAAAUAUGUUCCGAAUUCUAAUUUUGACGGUUUUGCUGACGAGCAUACCAGUCCGACCGACAAUAGCAGCAGAUGAAUGUACGGGUAUUCCUGAUGGAUUAACAUUUCAAGAUCCAAGCGAUUGUCACGGAUAUUUUAUUUGUUUAAGCGGUCGAAAGUUUCAGCAAUAUUGUGCAGCUGGAUAUAAAUAUGAUAAAAUAGCGGCGAUUUGUGUUUGGGGAAAGUGUCCACCUUGUGGUGUUUGCGAGGAUGCAAGUACGAUGGAAAAUGCAACUACAAUCGAACCAAUUGCGUCAGUAACACCUGCAAUCGAAACUGAGGCAGAGCCUGAGACAACUGCCCCGUCAACAACUGAACGUGAUAUUUCUGCAAUAACUGCGUCAUCAAGUGAAGCUGCGACUUCGUCAACAUCAACAGUUCCUCCUAAUUUAACACAGGAUACUUCAGGAAAACCUGUAUCUUCAACUGGGGCUGUUACUGACUCAACACCAACAGUGUCUGAAUCAAGUUCUUCUUCAUCUUCUACACCUGAACAGUCCACAUCAAGAACACCUGCUUCCUCAACUGAAGCUGUCACUGAUUCAACAACUAUAGCGUCUGCAACUACUGAACAGAAUACUUCAUUACCACCUGCAUCCCCAACUCAGGCUGUUACUGACUCAACACCGACAGUGUCUGAAUCAAGUUCUUCUCCAUCUUCUUCACCUGAACAGUCCACAUCAAGAACACCUGCUUCCUCAACUGACGCUGUCACUGAUUCAACAACUUUAGCGGCUACAACUACUGAACAGGAUACUUCAUUGCUACCUGCAUCCCCAACUCAGGCUGUUACUGACUCAACACCAACAGUGUCUCAAUCAAGUUCUUCUCCAUCUUCUGCACCUGAACAGUCCACAUCAAGAACACCUGCUUCCUCAACUGAAGCUGUCACUGAUUCAACAACUACAUCGUCUUCAAUUACUGAACAGGAUACUUCAAUACCAUCUGCAUCCUCUACUGGGGCUGUUACUGAUUCAACACCAACAGUGUCUGAAUCAAGUUCUUCUGCAUCUUCUACACCUGAACAGUCCACAUCAAGAACACCCGCUUCCUCAACUGAAGCUGUCACUGAUUCAACAACUAUAGCGUCUGCAACUACUGAACCGGAUACUUCAUUACCACCUGCAUCCGUAACUCAGGCUGUUUCUGACUCAACAUUAACAGUGUCUGAAUCAAGUUCUAAUCCAUCUUCUACACCUGAACAGUCCACAUCAAGAACUCCUGCUUCCUCAACUGAAGCUAUCACUGAUUCAACAACUACAUCGUCUUCAACUACUGAACAGGAUACUUCUAUACCACCUGCAUCGCCAACUGAGGCUGUUUCUGUCUCAACACCAACAGUGUCUGAAUCAAGUUCUACUCCAUCUUCUAUACCUGAACAGUCCACAUCAAGAACACCUGCUUCCCCAACUGAAGCUGUCACUGAUUCAACAACUAUAGCGGCUACAACUACUGAUCAGGAUACUUCAAUACCACCUGCAUCCUCAACUGGGGCUGUUACUCACUCAACACCAACAGUGUCUGAAUCAAGUUCUACAUCAAGAACACCUGCUUCCUCAACUGAAGCUGCCACUGAUUCAGCAACUAUAGCGUCUACAACUACCAAACAGGAUACUUCAAUACCACCUGCAUCCCCAACUGGGCCUGUUACUGACUCAACACCAACAGUGUCUGAAUCAAGUUCUUCAUCAAGAACACCUGCUUCCUCAACUGAAGCUGUCACUGAUUCAACAACUAUAGCGUCUGCAACUACUGAACAGAAUACUUCAUUGCCACCUGCCUCCCCAACUCAGGCUGUUACUGACUCAACACCAACAGUGUCUGAAUCAAGUUCUUUGCCAUCUUCUACACCUGAACAGUCCACACCAAGAACACCUGAUUCCUCAACUGAAGCUGUCACUGAUUCAACAACUAUAGCGGCUACAACUACUGAACAGAAUACUUCAUUACCACCUGCAUCCCCAACUCAGGCUGUUACUGACUCAACACCUGAACAGUCCACAUCAAGAACACCUGCUUCCCCAACUGAAGCUGUCACUGAUUCAACAACUAUAGCGGCUACAACUACUGAUCAGGAUACUUCAAUGCCACCUGCAUCCUCAACUGGGCCUGUUACUGACUCAACACCAACAGUGUCUGAAUCAAGUUCUUCAUCAAGAACACCUGCUUCCUCAACUGAAGCUGUCACUGAUUCAACAACUAUAGCGUCUGCAACUACUGAACAGGAUACUUCAUUGCCACCUGCCUCCCCAACUCAGGCUGUUACUGACUCAACACCAACAGUGUCUGAAUCAAUUUCUUCUUCAUCUUCUACACCUGAACAGUCCACAUCAAGAACACCUGCUUCCUCAACUGAAGCUGUCACUGAUUCAGCAACUAUAGCGUCUACAACUACCGAACAAGAUACUUCAAUACCACCUGCAUCCUCAACUGGGCCUGUUACUGACUCAACACCAACAGUGUCUGAAUCAAGUUCUUCAUCAAGAACACCUGCUUCCUCAACUGAAGCUGUCACUGAUUCAACAUAUAUAGCGUCUGCAACUACUGAACAGGAUACUUCAUUGCCACCUGCAUCCCCAACUCAGGCUGUUACUGACUCAACACAAUCAGUGUCUGAAUCAAAUUCUUCUCCAUCUUCUACACCUGAACAGUCCACAUCAAAAACACCUGAUUCCUCAACUGAAGCUGUCACUGAUUCAACAACUAUAGUGGCUACAACUACUGAACAGGAUACUUCAUUGUCACCUGCAUCCCCAACUCAGGCUGUUACUGACUCAACACCAACAGUGUCUGAAUCAAGUUCUUCUCCAUCUUCUACACCUGAACAGUCCACAUCAAGAACACCUGCUUCCUCAACUGAAGCUGUCACUGAUUCAACAACUAUAGCGGCUACUACUACUGUACAGGAUAUUUCAUUACCACCUGCAUCCCCAACUCAAGUUGUUACUGACUCAACACCUGAACAGACUACAUCAAGGACACCUGCUUCCUCAACCGAAGCUGUCACUGAUUCAAAAACCAUAGCGUCUUCAACUACUGAUCAGGAUACUUCAAUACCACCUGCAUCCUCAACUGGGGCUGUUACUGACUUAACACCAACAGUGCCUGAAUCAAGUUCUACUCCAUCUUCUACACAUGAACAGACCACAACCAGAACACCUGCAUCCUCAACUGAAGCUACCGUUGAAUCAACAUCUAUAGAGUCUUCUACUACCGCACAAGAUACUUCAGUAAUACCUGCAUCUUCAACUGAGGCUGUUACUGGGUCUACUUCCACAUUGUCUGAAUCAAGUUCUGCAUCAUCUACACCUGAACAGACCACAUCAAGAACACCUGUAUCUUUAACUGAGGCUACCACUGAAUCAACAUCUAAAGCCCCUUCAAGAGUACCUGCAUCUUCAACUGAAGCUGUUACUGAUUCAACAUCAACAGUUUCUGAAUCAAGUUCCAAUGCAUCUUCUUCAUCCGAACAGAAUUCUUCAGAAACACCUGCAGCCUCAACGGAGGAUGCCACUGAAUCAACAUCUACAGUAUCUGAACCUGAUCAGAAUUCUUCAGUAACACCUGUAUCCUCAACUGACGAAGCUAUUAAAUCAACAUCUACAAUAUCUUCAACUACUGAAGAAGAUGUUUCCGAAUCCAAUGCACAAAAUCCAGAAAAACAAAUCAACUGUCUGACGGCGAUAGGAAUUUUCUUGGCUUUACUAUUGCAACUUGGUGCUUCGGUAGAGGAUUGUGAAGACAAUUCAAUUGGAAAAACUUUACAAGAUCCUGAAGAUUGUACUGGAUAUUUUUUGUGUCACUCUGGACAUAAGCUUCAGCAAUAUUGUGCCCCGGGAUAUAAAUAUCAAAAAGAAAUUGAAGCGUGCGUUGUUGGAAAGUGCCCACCAUGCAAUUGUGAUAAGACUCCAACAGAGCCUCCCACAGAGCCUCCAACAGAUCCUCCAACUGAGCCCCCAACUGUGCCUCCAACUGAGCCCCCAACUGAGCCACCAACAGAACCUCCAACAGAGCCUCCAACUGAGCCUCCAACAUCAGGAACUCCAACAGAGCCACCAACAGAGCCCCCAACAGGGCUUCCAACAGAGCCUCCAACAGGACUUCCAACAGAGCCUCCAACAGGGCCUCCAACAGGUAAUCCAACUGAGCCUCCAAAUGAGCCUCCAACAGAGCCUCCAACUGAGCCACCAACAGAGACCCCGUCAGAACCUCCAACCCAACCUCCAACAGAGCCCCCAUCAAAACCAUCAACAGUAAGUUGUGAAAACAUUCGUGAUGGAUCGUUCUUCGCUGAUUCCGUGCAUUGCCGUGACUAUUAUGUCUGUCGUAAUGGGGAACCAGUUCUGCUUCACUGCGAAAAAGCUUCAAUAAUUCUUUUUGUAAUUGGUACUCUAUCAGUGCCAUUUCUUAAUGGAUACUCAGUCAAUAAUGGAUGCUAUAAUAAGCGGAAUGGUUACACGUACAGAGAUCCAGAAGACAGUUUUGGAUUUUUCAUUUGCAAAAGUGAUUUUGUUUCAUAUAAAAAGUGCGAUGUCGGCUAUGAACUUAAUGAAAUCAAUCACAAAUGUGAAAGGGAACCAAGGAAAAGCAAUUACCUUUUAAUACGAAGUCGAAGAGAAUCAGGUUCUUCUGUAGAUGUAGAAAACGAUUCUUCAAUAUCGACAGCCCCACCAUCUUCUUCCACCUCAUCUGGUAGUGUGAACAAUGAACAAUCUUCAGCAGCAACUGAAGCUAAUUCAUCGUCGGGAUCGUCAGACUCAAUGAUCACAACUUCUAAAGCUAUAGCGACCCCAGCAACCAGCACCGGAGAUGGCGAUUCUUCAAGUUCCACUGAUAAAUCUUCCAGCUUAAAACCCAAUGAACAUACCUCAGCAGCAACUGAAGCUAAUUCAUCUGCGGGAUCGUCAGACUCAACGAUCACAACUUCUAAGGCUCCAGCGACCCCAGCAACCAGCACCGGAGAUGGCGAUUCUUCAAGUUCCACUGAUAAAUCUUCCAGCUUAAAACCCAAUGUACAUACCUCAGCAGCAACUGAAGCUAAUUCAUCUGCGGGAUCGUCAGACUCAACGAUCACAACUUCUAAGGCUCCAGCGACUCCAGCAACCAGCACCGGAGAUGGCGAUUCUUCAAGUUCCACUGAUAAAUCUUCUAGCUCAAAACCCAAUGAACAUACCUCAACAGCCACUGAACCUAAUUCAUCUUCGGGAUCGUCAGACUCAGCAAUCACAACUUCUAAGGCUCCAGCGACCCCAGCAACCAGCACCGGAGAUGGCGAUUCUUCAAGUUCCACUGAUAAAUCUUCCAGCUCAAAACCCAAUGAACAUACCUCAACAGCAACUGAAGCUAAUUCAUCUGCGGGAUCGUCAGACUCAUCGAUCACAACUUCUCAGGCUCCAGCGACCCCAGCAACCAGCACGGGAGAUGGCGAAUCUUCAAGUUCCACUGAUAAAACUUCCAGCUCAAAACCCAAUGAACAUACCUCAACAGCAACUGAAGUUAAUUCAUCUGCGGGAUCGUCAGACUCAACGAUCACAACUUCUAAAGCUCCAGCGACCCCAGCAACCAGCACCGGAGAUGGCGAUUCUUCAAGUUCCACUGAUAAACCUUCCAGCUCAAAACCCAAUGAACAUACCUCAACAGCAACUGAAGCUAAUUCAUCUGCGGGAUCGUCAGACUCAACGAUCACAACUUCUAAGGCUCCAGCGACCCCAGCAACCAGCACCGGAGAUGGCGAUUCUUCAAGUUCCACUGAUAAACCUUCCAGCUCAAAACCCAAUGAACAUACCUCAACAGCAACUGAAGUUAAUUCAUCUGCGGGAUCGUCAGACUCAACGAUCACAACUUCUAAAGCUCCAGCGACCCCAGCAACCAGCACCGGAGAUGGCGAUUCUUCAAGUUCCACUGAUAAACCUUCCAGCUCAAAACCCAAUGAACAUACCUCAACAGCAACUGAAGCUAAUUCAUCUGCGGGAUCGUCAGACUCAACGAUCACAACUUCUAAGGCUCCAGCGACCCCAGCAACCAGCACCGGAGAUGGCGAUUCUUCAAGUUCCACUGAUAUAUCUUCCAGCUCAAAACCCAAUGAACAUACCUCAACCACAACUGAAGCUAAUUCAUCUGCGGGAUCGUCAGACUCAACGAUCACAACUUCUAAAGCUCCAGCGACCCCAGCAACCAGCACCGGAGAUGGCGAUUCUUCAAGUUCCACUGAUAAACCUUCCAGCUCAAAACCCAAUGAACAUACCUCAACAGCAACUGAAGCUAAUUCAUCUUCGGGAUCGUCAGACUCAACGAUCACAACUUCUAAGGCUCCAGUGACCCCAGCAACCAGCACUGGAGGUGGCGAUUCUUCAAGUUCCACUGAUAUAUCUUCCACCUCAAAACCCAAUGAACAUACCUCAGCAGCAACUGAAGCUAAUUCAUCUGCGGGAUCGUCAGACUCAACGAUCACAACUUCUAAGGCUCCAGCGACCCCAGCAACCAGCACCGGAGAUGGCGAUUCUUCAAGUUCCACUGAUAUAUCUUCCACCUCAAAACCAAAUGAACAUACCUCAAUAGCAACUGAAGCUAAUUCAUCUGCGGGAUCGUCAGACUCAACGAUCACAACUUCUAAGGCUCCAGCGACCCCAGCAACCAGCACCGGAGAUGGCGAUUCUUCAAGUUCCACUGAUACACCUUCCAGCUCAAAACCCAAUGAACAUACCUCAACAGCAACUGAAGCUAAUUCAUCAUCGGGAUCGUCAGACUCAACGAUCACAACUUCUGAGGCUCCAGCGACCUCAGCAACCAGCACCGGAGAUGGCGAUUUUUCAAGUUCCACUGAUAAACCUUCCAGCUCAAAACCCAAUGAACAUACCUCAACAUCAACUGAAGCUAAUUCAUCAUCGGGAUCGUCAGACUCAACGAUCACAACUUCUGAGGCUCCAGCGACCCCACCAACCAGCACUGGAGGUGGCGAUUCUUCAAGCUCCGCUGGUGUAUCUUCCAGUUUAUCAACAACAGAACCAACUCCUACCAUCAAUCAAUCAACAACGUCUUCUAGUGCAAAUUCGGGACCAACUUCAGCAUCAGGAUUGCCUUGUCCACAAGAACCAUUCAAACUUGAUUGCAUAAACAAACCAACUGGUACUAUUGCAGCUGAUCCAUUUGAUUGCAGCAAGUAUCAUUAUUGCAGAAAAGACAUAACCUAUACGAAAAAUUGCAAAGACGAUCUUUUGUUCGAUCCCGACAGUAAACGUUGUGUUUCUCACGAACUUGUCAAAUGCCCUUACUAUGGAUGUGCUCCUAGUCCUAGUUAUACAACUACAGCACGUAAUCCAACUUCGACUGUUGAAGUGACAACUGCUACAACAAAAACUGUAGGACCAACGUCAGCCUCAGGAUUGCCUUGUCCCCAGGAACCUUUUAAACUUGAUUGCAUAAACAAACCAACUGGUACUAUUGCAGCUGAUCCAUUUGAUUGCAGCAAGUAUCAUUACUGCAGAAAAGAUAUAACCUAUACAAAAAAUUGCAAAGACGAUCUUUUGUUCGAUCCUGACAAUAAACGUUGCGUUUCUCCCGAACUCGUUAAAUGCCCCUACCAUGGAUGUGAUCCGGAUAUUAUUACUACAACACUUACUCCAACUUCAACUACAACUAAAACUACAACUACAACUAAAACUUCAACUAAAACUACAACUACAGCUUCUCCAAAUCAUUGCCCUCCGAAAAAACCAGACUGUUCUAAGUUGGAAACAGGAACUGCUUUAGCUGAUCCAACAGACUGUAAUAAAUUCUACGUCUGCCGCAAUGGAGAAGCAAUCUAUUUCGAAUGCCCUACAGGAUUUUGGUUUGAUAAUUCCACAUACCUUUGUAACUACCCGGUUUUGGUAAAAUGUCCCCAUCAUGGAUGCAAAAAUUAAGCCUAACUUAAGAUAACAAACAAAAAUCUGUAUGCUUUUAUAUUCACUUUACUUUCAAUAAACUUUCAU